AUGUUUUUGGAACUCAUAAUAUUUCUGACAACAACAAUAGUGUCAUACUAUCUGUUUAUUUACAAGAGAAAUCAUUAUAUUUUUGACAAAAAUGAGUUAAAAUACGUCCCGGGUAUGCCCGUUUUCGGGAAUACAUUCAAGAGUAUGUGCCAAAAGGUACACAUGGUGGAAGAUUUUGAUGAGGUUUACAAACGUUUUCCUGAUGAAAGAUAUGUAGGCUACUGCGAUGGAACCACUCCCGCCAUUUUGGUUCGAGACCCCGAAAUCAUAAAAGAUAUUACCAUAAAGGAUUUCGACUUCUUCUUGAACCACAAAGACCUGUUUCCUGAAAAUGAAAAUUCUGUUGUUGGUGCUAACCUUUUCAAUAUGAAAGACGAUAGAUGGCGCGACAUGCGCACAACCCUGAGCCCAGCAUUCACCGGCUCCAAAAUGAGGCUCAUGAUGCCGCUCAUGGUGGACAUUAGCAAGAACGCGUUGGAGUAUUUGAAAGAGCACCAGUCCGAAGACAUAUUGGUCGACGACCUGAUCCGGCGGUACACCAUCGAUGUGAUAGCGUCAGCCGCCUUCGGGCUCCAAGUGAACUCCUUCGUGGACCAGGAGAAUGAGUUCUACAAAUCUGGACAGAGUUUAUUCGGCUUCACUUGGAUCCAACAACUCACAAUGUUGUUCUUCUUUCAGUUCCCGAAUUUUUCCAGGAAAAUAGGUCUUAAGUUGUUUACGGACAAGAUAACUAGAUUCUUCCAGGACAUUGUCGCGGCCACCAUGGAUUAUAGACUAAAGAAUAACGUCGAAAGACCUGACAUGAUUCAGCUGCUGAUAGAAGCCACUAAAGGCACUCUUCACAAUGGCAAUGAAUCAAAAGAAAAAGACAUCGGCUUUGCAACAGCUGAAGAAACUCUCAAACCGAAAGGUGUCACUAGAAACUGGACAAAGGACGAGUUAGCGUCCCAAGUUUUCAUAUUCUUCGCUGCCGGAUUCGAGACUUCUGCUUCUGCCAUUACUCUCACGGUACACGAGUUGGCUCUUAAUCCAGACGUUCAGGAGAAACUGUACGAAGAAGUGAAAGCAUUCAAUGACACCAAAGGAAAAUUGCUUUAUGAGAACGUAGGAGAGCUGAAGUAUUUGGAUUGCAUUUUGAAUGAAACUUCGAGGAGAUGGGCAGCCGCUUUAUUUUUAGACCGAAUUUGCACGAAGCCUUACGAGUUACCUCCGCCAAGGGAAGGCGCAAAACCCGUUAAAGUAAAACCAGGCACGCUGGUUUACAUGGCAGUGAACUCCAUCCACAUGGAUCCGAAGUACUAUCCGGAACCGCAGAAGUACUGUCCAGACCGAUUCUCAGAUGAGAAAAAGAAGCUCAUCCAACCGUGCACGUUCAUGCCCUUCGGUUCUGGCCCUAGGAUUUGUAUCGGAUCAAGAUUUGCAAUGCUGGAGCUGAAGGUCCUCAUCUACUAUCUGGUCCUUAACUUCAAGAUUUUGAAAUGCGAGAAAACCAUGAACCCAAUAAAACUGCAGACAAAAGAUUUCAAUAUAAGGGUCGCUGGCGGGUCGUGGGCCAGAUUUGAAGCUAGAUCAUAGAUCUAGCAGCACAGAAUAGACAUUGUAUAUUCUAUAGACACGAACAUCCAUAUAAACUAUUUGUUCAACAUCUGAACUAAAAUGACAAACAAAAUGUUACCUAUUUAU